CACUUUGCUCUAGGUGCUCCGGUGGGACGAGCGAGCGAGGCACCCGAUGUGGAGAGCGGGAGCGUGAAGCCCAAGGGAGGGGGGACGGACGCUGACGACGACGACGCUGGAACGACCUAGGGAGGCGCAAAAGCAGGCUAAUUCAUAACUUCCAGAACAUCUUGAGACUGAGCAUCUACCAUUAUCUUUAAAAGCUACGAAAAACCACACUAAGCUGGUUUGACACCUGACCUGUUGAAUCUCCAUGAUGCUGGGUCCUGAGGGAGGUGAAGGUUUUGUGGUCAAGCUCCGUGGCUUGCCGUGGUCUUGCUCGAUUGAGGAUGUGCAGAAUUUCCUCUCUGAAUGCAAAAUUCAUGAUGGCGCAUCAGGUGUUCAUUUCAUCUACACCAGAGAAGGCAGACAGAGUGGUGAGGCUUUUGUUGAACUUGAAUCAGAAGAUGAUGUAAAAAUGGCCUUGAAGAAAGACAGAGAAAGCAUGGGGCACCGCUAUAUUGAGGUAUUCAAGUCCCACCGAACCGAAAUGGAUUGGGUGUUGAAGCACAGUGGUCCAAACAGUGCCGAUACUGCCAACGAUGGCUUUGUGCGCCUCCGAGGACUUCCAUUUGGAUGCACAAAGGAAGAAAUUGUUCAGUUCUUCUCAGGGUUGGAAAUUAUGCCCAAUGGUAUCACUUUGCCAGUAGACCCCGAGGGCAAGAUUACAGGAGAAGCCUUUGUGCAGUUUGCUUCACAGGAAUUAGCUGAGAAGGCGCUAGGGAAGCAUAAGGAAAGAAUAGGGCACAGGUAUAUUGAAGUGUUCAAGAGCAGUCAGGAAGAAGUGAGAUCAUAUUCUGAUCCCCCUCUAAAGUUCAUGUCUGUGCAGCGGCCAGGGCCCUAUGAUCGGCCUGGCACUGCUCGGAGAUAUAUUGGCAUUGUGAAACAAGCAGGCUUUGACAGGAUGAGGUCUGGGGCCUAUAGCACAGGCUAUGGGGGCUAUGAGGAGUAUAGUGGCCUCAGCGAUAGCUAUGGUUUCACCACAGAUCUAUUUGGAAGAGAUCUCAGCUAUUGUCUGUCAGGAAUGUAUGACCACAGAUACGGAGACAGUGAGUUUGCUGUUCAGAGCACAACCGGACACUGUGUCCACAUGAGGGGGCUACCAUACAAAGCAACGGAGAAUGACAUUUAUAAUUUCUUCUCUCCACUUAACCCUGUGAGAGUACAUAUUGAGAUUGGCCCUGAUGGAAGAGUGACCGGUGAAGCAGAUGUCGAGUUUGGCACUCACGAAGAAGCCGUGGCCGCAAUGUCGAAAGACAGAGCCAACAUGCAGCAUAGAUACAUUGAGCUGUUCUUGAAUUCAACCACAGGGACCAGCAAUGGGGCAUAUAAUAGCCAAAUAAUGCAGGGCAUGGGGGUGUCAACCCAGUCUACUUACACUGGCCUUGAGAGUCAGUCUGUGAGUGGCUGUUAUGGAGCUGGCUAUAGUGGUCAGCAAAACAGCAUGGGUGGAUACGAUUAGUUUUAUAGAAAUAUUUUGAGUUAUUUCAAUCAAAUUAUCACAGGCAGCCAACAAGCAGUGGAGAGCAGUUAUUACAUAGAAGCUGUGGGACCCAUUUUGCACCAUGAGUUUUGUGAAAUCUGGAUUAAAAAAAUUACCUCUUCA